CUGUUAAAAUAGUAAUGAACUUUAGUAGACAGGAGAGAGCAAACAUGGAUUUUUCGUUGAAAUUUGCUUCUAUUAUUUUUUUAAUUAUUAACUUAAUUAGCGAUCAUAUUAAUGCGGAACAUGAGGAAGAUCAGUCGACAGAUCUUUAUGUUAUCGAAGGAAAAGUAUUUCCAUGGGAAAAUACUGCUUUGACUGGUUGGCAGCUAAUGACUCAUGUUAUGGUUAAUGGUGGUGAACAUUAUGGAUUUUUAAGGGAAGAUGGAACAUUUGUAAUUUCUAAUGUACCAUCUGGUUCAUACGUAGUAGAAGUUGUCAACUCAAAUUAUUUUUAUGAACCUGUCAGAGUUGAAAUUAAUUCAAAAGGAAAAUUCAGGGCACGAAAAGUUAAUUUAAUUCAAACUUCACAAAUAAUUCAAGUACCAUAUCCUUUAAAAAUGAGGCCACUUUCUCCUUUCCGAUAUUUCCAAGUUAGAGAGCAAUGGAGAGUAACAGAUUUCUUAUUUAAUCCAAUGGUUUUGAUGAUGAUAUUACCAUUGGUCUUAAUUAUGAUUUUACCAAAAAUCAUGAAUGAUCCAGAAACUAGAAAGGAUAUGGAACAACUUAACAAUCUUACCAUAUAUAAUAUGCCAGAAAUGUCAGAGGUGAUAACAUCAUUUUUAUCUGGAGGAGAAAAACAAAAAACUAAAGCAGUAAAAGCAACAAAGAAGAGACAAUAAGAAAUAACAAAAAUAGUAAUAUAUUUAUACCUUUCUAGUCUUCAAGUUUUUUUGAAU